AAAAAAUUGGGCCUUCUUAAAAUCCCUAGGCUUCGUUCCCCAUCUGUUUCACUGUUGAGUCGUUUCCGCCAAAGCCCUAAUUUCGAUUGCAGCGAUGGAAGGAGAAGCCCAAAUCCUCGAUCAAGAGUCGCUAAUCCAAUCACCUCUCAAACGAAAGUGCGAUCUCAUUCCAGAUGAGGAAGGGGAAGAUGAAAGAGCGAUGAAGCAGAAGAAGCCCGACGACGCUCCCGUCGAAGAGCGCGUAGCCAGCCAUGAUGACAACAAGGAGGGCGCCAAUCAGAACGGGAAUGCGAGUAAGGAGAAGGGGAAAUCCAUUUUAUCUGCUGCGGAUAAGGGGAAGGGGAAGAUGGUGGUGGAUGAGGAAGAGGGCGGUGACGAGAAGCGCGGUCGAGAAUUCGGGGUUUCUAGCGGUGAUGAGGACGGAAGCAGCGAAGUGCAUGGGGAUAGGGAUGAUGAUGACACCGACUUCGAUGAUGAUCCUCUUGCGGAGAUGGAUCUUGACAAUAUUUUACCGGUAAGGACGCGGCGGCGCAGUGCAUUGGAACCGGGAGCUUAUCUUGUAGAGGGCGAUGAUGAUGACGAUGAUGAUGAUGAUGAUGAUCAUGUGGAGGAGGAGGAGGAAGAUGAGGAGGAUGAAGAGGUGGAUGAAGGGGAGGAGGUGGAAGACGAGGACAAGCAGGAGGAGAUCAAGUAGGCUGGCGUAACAGAAAAGUAGGUACAAUUUGAUUAUGUUGCUCUCUCUGAAUUUUAGAUGAGAUUAAUGUGAGAUAUUUUCUCAUCUUUGAGGCACAUUGUAUGUUCGGAUUUAUCCUUUUGCUGAGUUUUAGGAUUGGUAUUCUGAUUAUCAAAGUUGUUGGUAGUUUUCUGGACAAUUUCUUACAGUAGAUCCUUUCGACUAGUUGCUGGAUGAAAACAUAUUCUGUCCUUUUUUUUCUU